UAAAACCCUAGUUAGAAAUAUAAAUAAAUAAGUAUAUCCUCCAUUCCCGUCUCCAAAACUGUCCUGUCAAAUGCGUAAUGACGUCAUACGUCACGCUGUGCGUCCUGUCACGUGACGGUGCGCGGCCAAUCGGGUUGUUUUAUAUCCGGAAGUCACUCGCGAGCCGCGAGCUUCGAGAGGGGGACGCGUUGGGAACAUUUGCUGCAAGUACGGUGCUAUUUUCGCUUAAUUACGUAACAUUAACUUUUAAAACUAAAGCAACACGUCUCAAACUAUAGGAGCCAACUACCGGAGCCGCCAGGCGUCAUGUGGAGUCGCGGGUAUUGAUUAAAGAAGGAAUUGGCCAGGUGAUGGCGAGCUAGACCCAAAGAAUUGUAGGCCCACACUGCCUGAAGAACCCUGGAGCUCGAACUGAAAUGAACUGAACUGGACCUCCUGCACCUCCUCCACCUGGUUGGGCUGGUAGGAGGCUCCUUUAAGGCAGCCGCCCCUCUCUUUUACUUUUUGCCUCUCGCAACAACUCAUUCUUGGCCCAAACCCAUUCACCACUCGUUCAACACUCCCUUUCCCUGGACACCGCCCUUUCCCUCUGGACAAUUUGGGCCACUGAACUGUUGCGUGUGUUCUAUCUCGGCUGAACUUCAGAACUCUUUCGCGCGUCUAAUGGAUCAUUUCUCGCGUGUUAAUGGAUCCAUCGAAUAAUGUUUUUUUGUGAAAUAACUGUGACUUAAUUCUGCACUUUUCAUGAAUGGCCAUUCACUUUAAAUGUUAAAUGUUGUUUGCCGAUGUCAAAAUAUAAUAUAAUUGGUACCACCUAAAACUUACAUCAUUGUGUUCAGUCUCCUUUGAUCCACUCCUAGAGCCGAACUUAGAUCUGUCUGAUCUCUAGCCCAAUUCAACCAAUACUCUAACUGCAAACUAGUACUAAUACAGCGCUAAUAGUAGCGGCAUAUAGGCUACACAUUCUUUGAACAUUAGAGUAGAACUUUAUUCAGACUUGUUAGUGACGUUAUCUAACGUUGGUGGAAUGUUUCCUGCCGGCUGCAUCUCAGUGAAUCAGGUUCCAGGUUGGAUUAAAUUCAUUUAAAUGUAAAAACCCCUCCCUGGGCUGCGACCUUAUCGUGGUGGAGGGGUUUGCGUGCCCCAAUGAUCCCAGGAGCUAUGUUGUUGGGGGCUUUAUGCCCCUGGUAGGGUCUCCCAAGACAAACAGGUCCUGGGUGAGGGACCAGACAAGCAGCAGCCCAGAAGACCCCAAUGAUGAGCAACAACUUUGGAACCACGAGUCCCUUGCCCGGACGCGGGUCACCGGGGUCCCCCCCUGGAGCCAGGCCCGGGGGUGGGGCUCGAAGGCGAGCGUCUGGUGGCCGGGCUUUUUCCCACGGGGCCCGGCCGGGCACAGCCCGAAAAAGAGAUGUGGGACCCCCCUCCAGCAGGCUCACCACCCGCAGGAGGGGCCAUAGGGGUCCGGUGCUAUGUGUGUUGGGCGGCGGCCAGGGGCGGGGAGCCUGGCGUACCGACCCCCGGCUACACAAGCUGGCUCUAGGGAUGUGGAACGUCACCUCUCUGGCGGGGAAGGAGCCUGAGCUGGUGUGCCAGGUUGAGAAGUUCCGACUUGAUAUAGUCGGCCUCACCUCGACACACAGUGGGGGCUCUGGAACCAGCCCUCUCGAGAGGGCUUGGACUCUCUUCCACUCUGGAGUUGCCAAUGGUGAGAGGCGCCGAGCAGGGGUGUCAAUACUCAUUGCGCCUCGGCUCGGUGACUGUGUGUUGGGGUUUACCCCGGUGGACGAGAGGGUGGCCUCCCUUCGCCUUCGGGUGGGGGGACGGUUCCUUACUGUUGUUUGCGCCUACGGGCCGAACAGCAGUUUGGAGUAUCCGCCCUUUCUGGAAUCCUUGGAGGGGGUGCUGGAGAGCGCCCCUUCUGGGGAUUCCAUAGUUCUGCUAGGGGACUUCAACGCUCAUGUUGGCAAUGACAGUGAGACCUGGAGAGGUGUGAUUGGGAGGAACGGCGCCCCCGAUCUGAACCCGAGCGGUGUUUUAUUAUUGGACUUCUGUGCUCAUCACAGAUUGUCCAUAACGAACACCAUGUUCAGGCUUAAGGGUGUCCAUAUGUGCACUUGGCACCAGGACACCCUAGGCCGCAGUUCGAUGAUCGACUUUGUUGUCGUAUCGUCGGACUUGCGGCCGCAUGUCCUGGACACUCGGGUGAAGAGAGGGGCGGAGCUGUCAACCGAUCACCACCUGGUGGUGAGUUGUCUCCGAUGGUGGGGGAAGAUGCCAGUCAGACCUGGCAGACCCAAACGGAUCGUGAGGGUGUGCUGGGAACAUCUGGCGGAGUCCCCUGUCAGAAGGAGUUUCAACUCCCACCUCCAGUCAAACUUCAACCAUGUCCCGAGGGAGGUGGGGGACAUUGAGUCCGAGUGGACCAUGUUCCAUGCCUCCAUUGCUGAGGCGGCCGAUCGUUGCUGUGGCCGUAAGGUGGUCGGUGCCUGUCGCGACGGCAAUCCCCGAACCCGUUGGUGGACACCGGCGGUAAGGGAUGCCGUCAAGCUGAAGAAGGAGUCCUACCGGGCCUUUUUGGCCUGUGGGACUCCGGAGGCAGCUGACAGGUAUCGGCUGGCCAAGCGGGCUGUGGCUGCGGCUGUCGCCGAGGCAAAAACUCGGGUAUGGGAGGAGUUUGGCGAGGCCAUGGAAAACGACUUCCGGACGGCUUCGAAGAGAUUCUGGUCCACCAUCCGGCAUCUCAGGGGGGGAAAGCGGUGCACUGUCAACACUGUGUAUAGUGGGGAUGGUGCGCUGCUGACCUCAACUCGGGACGUUGUGAAUCGGUGGAGGGAAUACUUCGAAGACCUCCUCAAUCCCACCGACACGUCUUCUGAAUCAGAAGCGGGGUCUCGGGCGUAGAUUCUCCCAUCUCUGGGGUCGAAGUCGCCGAGGUAGUUAAAAAGCUCCUCGGUGGCAGGGCCCCGGGGGUGGAUGAGAUCCGCAAGGAGUUCCUCAAGGCCCUGGAUGUUGUGGGGCUGUCCUGGUUGACACGUCUCUGCAACAUCGCGUGGACAUCGGGGGCAGUGCCUCUGGACUGGCAGACCGGGGUGGUGGUCCCUCUUUUCAAAAAGGGGGACCGGAGGGUGUGUUCCAACUAUAGGGGGAUCACACUCCUCAGCCUCCCCGGGAAGGUCUAUUCAGGGGUACUGGAGAGGAGGGUCCGCCGGAUAGUCGAACCUCGGAUUCAGGAGGAGCAAUGUGGUUUUCGUCCCGGCCGUGGAA